CCCACACAAGACGAAUUAGAUGAAGCUGGGGGCGCUUUUUUUCAACAACUCCAUCACCCGAAUGUCUCCAUAUUCAUAGAGGGUUGUCUCCCAAUUCCUAGGAGUCAUUUCAUUGGACAAGGCCGGGGAUUCCUCUUCUGCCAUUGCAUGGGCGAUAUUUCGGUCAUAGUGUGGUACUGUCUCAUGUGGUGGGGUUCUCACUUAUUAGAAAGUUAGGGUGAACCUCAUCAGAUUUCAAAUUCAAUGGGGUGACGUCAGAGUUGUACAUCCCACGGAUCCCGUAUAGCAAUGACGCGGAUGGAUAUUGAAAGCCCUUUGCUGUAGCUGGAGAGUGGAAGGUUAGAAAGUCUUGGUCUGAGUAGCAGGGUGGUAGGAUGGCGGAAGCGUUCCUAGAUGAGAAGGAUGCUCACACUCUCCUCAAGCGCUUCCCCCGAGCCAACAGUUUCCUGGAGGAGUUCAGACAGGGUAACAUCGAACGGGAGUGUGUGGAGGAGAGCUGCAGCUUCGAGGAGGCCAAUGAAGUGUUCGAGAACAAAGAGAGAACAAUGGAGUUCUGGAAGACUCGCAGUGUGUACACGGUGAGCAGCCACGAGCAGACCAGGGACGGCCGUUCAGAGGGCCACCUCUACAUGGUGGUUCCCCUGCUGGGCGUUGCUCUCCUCCUCCUCAUCGCCCUCUUCCUCAUCUGGAGGUGCCAGCUGCAGAAGGCCACACGGCGGCGGCCCGCCUACACCCAGAACCGCUACAUGAACAACCGCAACACCCGCAGCCUGCCGCGCAUCCUGGUCCACCGGGACACGCCAUCCCACUCCGAGACCCCCUUAUCCAGGCCCACGGUGGUGGUGAGUGGGGUGGAGAGAGUAGUAGCAGGAAGUGGAGGAGGGUCGCUGGUUUGCGCUGCAAACGUUCCCCAAGAACCUCACUCCCACCCUCAGAACACUCGCUCAGCCCUGUACGUCCAGGAUCCGUCUGUGUCAGUAGCGUCGCGUCUCUCCGGUGCCACACCUCCUCCUUCCUAUGAGGAGGUGACAGGACACCUGGAGAGCAGCAGCGACGAGGUGUCGGCGCCGUACAGCGACCCUCCGCCCAAAUAUGAGGAGAUUGUCAAGGAGAAGUAAGCAGAGGGAGGGAGAGAGGGAUGGAGGGAGGGAGGCUGGGCCGGGGGCCAUACUGUCAGAUCCAUCCCUCCCUCCAUUGUCCUUGUCUCUGGUCUGAGGGGCUGGCAAACUGCUAGCUAUCCGUGGGAAAGAAUGCACUGUGGUAUCUAAUAUCUUGAAGCACUUGUUGUAUCUAUCGCUGACUGACUACUGUACAAGGUUUGGAACGACGAUGAUCUGUGCUACACUGUGUUUUCUUCUUGAGUUAUCUAUCUUGCCAAUGCCUGGGGUUUGGCGGUCUGUUUUGAUUUUGCGUUGUUGUUAUGCAUCAGUGUUUCUCACUGUACUCUGAAUGUGGUGGUCAUUGUUUACUAGUGUGUAUGACUCUGCAGUGAAGCGCUAUAUCCAUAAUAACUGUAUAUUUAUACUGUAUACUUUUCCACCUUUCUCUCAUCACACCAGCUGUAGCUAGUCACUUGGAGAAAUACAAUCGCUGCGUCUACACUGCCUUCCCCCCUAAACACUGAAGAAACGACACCUUUUCCCGGACACCCUGAGGCACCUUUAAAUGUGUCAGCCAUCCCAAAUGGUGCCCUAUUCCCUACAUAGUGUACUCACUACUUUUGACCAGGGCCAUUUGGGACGUGGUUGUGAGAGGAAUGGAACAUUGCCAAGUCACCCUCCAUCCCCUGAGAGGAAGAGACUACUGUGUGGAUGAAGGUAGUGAGGAAGUUUCCAAGCCCUCAGUAGUACUUCUUCCUCUCCAGAGUUGUGCCGUGACUCAUGAUAAAGGAGAGUUGAUUUGCCAAAUGUGCACUGCUGAUUACGUGUACUGCUUUCUGAACACACAAAAUGAAAAGAAAAAGUGUAUUCUUCCAUUUAUUGAAAGUAGUAUGGUUUAACAAACAGAAACAGUAGCCAGUGCUUGUGGACUAUGGGACUAUGGGACUAUCUUAUUAUGAAGAGGAUGCAGCCAGACACAGCGGAUGAGUUGGGAUCUUCAGUGUUUCUCCUCUUUGUCUGAAUCCAACGCCAAGGCCGUCUUUCUCCACAUACAUCCUCUGGUCAUGGAAGGGCCUUGAAUUAAGAGGAAACGGAUGCACUGCAAGUGUAUGGUGGGAAGAACACGCAUAGUAUCUCAAAAUGUCAAUCAGGUAUUUGAGUUUUUGGCUAAUUAGAAAAUAAUUGAAUGACCUGAUAAUUAAUUUCAGUCCUUUAUUACGCUUACCAGUAAAUAUACUAUCUUACACACACAAACAAAGACACACAGGUACGCACGCAAGCACAAAGACACACACACACACACACACACACACACACA